AUGAGGCUUUCUUUUGUUAUUUACCUUCUGCUCUUGUCUCUCUUUCUCACCAAUGCUCGAGGGAUUCGCUUGGGGAAAGAGUCUUUUGCAGCUAAGCAACAUAAACAACAUGAUCAAGAAAGCAAUUUGUUGAGAAGAAUCAACAGUGCUGCUAACAAGGAAGCUAUUCUCUGCAAAGAUGAACAAUAUUGCGCAGGUACCCUAAAGAAGAGAGCCUCUAGAGUCCCCAGAAAACCAAACAAGCUGUUACCACGCAUUCAUGAAGAUUAUAGAAAUAUAGAGACUAGGAAAUCUGUUACUUCAUCAACUUCCACAACCCAAGAUAUUUCAAAGAAUGUGAAGAAUGGAGGGAAUGAAGCACGAAGCCCAGAAAUAAUAGUAAAUAAGCAACGAGAGCUUUCUCAUGAGCACUAUCUGGACCUGGUAGACAUUGCUGGCAUGGACUAUUCUUCUGCUAAGAAAAAUCCUCCCAUACACAACUAA